AUGGCCCUCAGUCCUGUUUUCGUCUGUCUCCUGCCACUGAUUGGUUGCAGCUCCUGCCUCCACCCGUCUCCUCCUCCUCCCCCCCGGGGGUGCAGUGUAGAUGUGGAGCCCCACUACAGAGUGCUGUGUGACCUGGAGGCAGUGUGGGGCGUUGUCCUGGAGGCCGUGGCCUGCAGCGGCGGCCUCACCUCCAUGGCCCUGGCUGUACUGCUGAUAGUCAAGCUGCGUGUGGUCUCUGAUCCCGCUAGGCGGUCCGGCCUGGGGCCCCUGCUCCUGCUCCUGGGUACGCUCCUCGGCCUUUUCACCAUCUCCCUGGCGUUCCUGGUGGGGAAGACCCAGGUCCUGUGUGUGGUCCGCAGGGCCUUCUGGGGUCCCCUGUUUGCUCUCUGCUUCUCCUGCUUGUUGGUGCAGGGCGUGAGGCUCAGGAGGCUGGUGGCCGGGAAGUCCAGCCCGACGGGGAGCGCCCUGGCAGCGCUCGGACUCGCGCUGGCUCUGGUUCAGGGGAUCAUCUCCGCUGAGUGGGUUCUCCUGACUGUUGUGAGAGAGGGUCACCCAGCCUGUGAAUACCCACCUCUGGAUUUUGCCCUGAUGUGCAGCUACACCCUGGGGCUGCUCCUCAUAGCCAUGGGUCUCUCUCUUGGGGUGGUGCUGUGUGGAGGAGAGUGGGCGGAGGAAGCAGGAGAUGGAAGAGAAGACGACAGAGAAGGAGAGAAUGAAAAACGAAGCUGGAAGUGCAACGCCGUCUGGGUCUUUCUCUCCAGUCUGGCGUCAGCGCUGCUGUGGGUGGCCUGGCUGGGGUUCUACCUUUACGGCAGCCAGACGUUACGAGGGAAGGGGGGCAGGGAAAAAGGAGGAAAGAGGGAUCUGAGAGUGUUGGAUGAGCCGGCGCUGGCCGUGGCCUUGGUGAUUCAGGGCUGGAUCCUGCUGCUCCUCCACGCCAUCCCAGAGUCGCACCUUUGCCUCCGGAAACCUGAAGAGUCCAACACGCAGGAUUACUUCGACACAAGUCGCGUGUCUCCUGCUCCACCGUUUGGCGAUGAGCUCCCCGCUCAUUCCCACCCACCCUUCCGGGAAAACCAGGCCUUCUCAAUGGAGGAGCAGCACAGUACAACCGUCCGAAGCGGAACGUACCACAGCAGCCAUGGCAGCGCCCGUCAAGGAAUCGCCUUCAGAGGUCACGUCUACCAACCCACUGAGAUGGCUUUGGUCAUGAACGGUGGCACGAUGCCCACUGCUCCAAUCAACUACACUGGAAGACGUUUGUGGUAACGCGGGGCACGAUUUGAC